CGCCGGCUCCCUCAGAGCAGAAGCAUGUGUCCCUCCCUCCAGCCUGGGCGGCCUGGCUUCCGGUUUCCGGCCUGUGUUGCAGGGGCUGGUGAAGCGGAGGGACGAGAGGAUGGUCCUGAUUAAGGAAUUCCGCGUCUGCCUGCCCAUCUCGGUGGAGGAGUACCAGGUCGGGCAGCUCUUCUCGGUGGCGGAGGCCAGUAAGGACAACACGGGCGGCGGAGAAGGCAUCGAGGUCCUGAAGAACGAGCCGUACGAGCGGGACGGAGAGAAGGGGCAGUACACCCACAAGAUCUACCACCUCCAGAGUAAGGUCCCCAGUUUCGUGAAGCUGUUGGCCCCCGAGGGAUCGCUGGUGUUUCACGAGAAAGCCUGGAACGCGUAUCCGUACUGCCGCACCAUUGUCACUAACGAAUACAUGAAAGACGACUUCUUCAUCAAGAUCGAGACCUGGCAUAAACCGGACUUCGGAAAUCUGGAAAAUGUCCAUGGACUGGAUGCAGAGACCUGGAAGGAGGUGGAGGUCGUGCCCAUCGACAUUGCAGACCGCUCCGAGAUUUCCGAAGACGACUACAAACCUGAAGAAGAUCCUGCAGCCUUCAGGUCGGAGAAGACGGGGAGAGGCCCCUUAAAUAAGGACUGGAUGAAAGAAGUGCAGAACAACCCCUCGUGCCCUCACAUGUGUGCCUACAAGCUGGUGACGGUCAAGUUCCGGUGGUGGGGUCUUCAGGGCAGAAUGGAGAAAUUUAUCCACAAGCAAGAAAAACGCCUCUUCACAAACUUUCACCGUCAGCUCUUCUGCUCACUAGACCGGUGGGUGGACCUGAGCAUGGACGACAUCCGCCGCAUGGAAGACGAGACACAGAGAGAACUUGACGAGAUGAGGCAGAAAGGAACAGUCAGAGGGAUGACUGCCAAAGAUGAAUAAAGCCUGGGGUCUUCAUGGACUAAACAGAUCCCUCGUGUGCGGAGUCUGGAUCAUCUUCCUCUCAUUGGCUGAUCUGCGCUGGGGAGGGGCGCGCGGCUGAGAGUGGCGAUGAAUGGCGAGGAGGAGCUGCUGACCCCUCCCCGGCGGAUUCCUCCCCGCCCGCUCCUUUGACGUCUCAACUCUUUGGCCUUUUCUCAUUUUUAAUAUUUUUCUUAUUUUUAUUUUUUUCCUGCCUGCCCCCUGCUGGCUGUCCGUGGCAUUACCAGGCUGUGUUAACCUCUUCGCUGCCGCUGGUCUACACUGCCCUCCAGCUUUAUAUUAGUAGCGUGGUAUGACAGCACGGUUAACCCCUUGCUGGAAACGGACAUUGAGGGCAGAGAAUUCCCAGCCUCCAGCGCCACUUACGUGCAUUGAACGGUUUUCAGAGAUCAUCGUAAGAACAGGACAGAGAUUUAUUAUAUGGCGCCCGGUGCAGCUACAUCCACUAUUGGCCAGCAGUGGAGUGGUUAAUGCGCUCUAGUCCAGCAGGGCAGGGGUUAACGGGAUGCCCUUUUAUCCUCAAGUGUCAUUUUGUAUAAUUUUUUCUUUUUUUUUCUUACGGACUGUUCCAUGUUAGGGAAUGGGGGUGUGCGUGCGUGGAUCAGUCUAUUCCAGUGCUGUCCAAUGGUAGAGAGGCCGGUGGGUGGAGCUUCAGGUGCCACUUACUGUUCGUAGGGUCCAGAAGUGACGAGACGCGGGACCAGAAGGGAUGCUCACAGGGGCAGUGGGCGGGGCUUUAGUAACUUUUUUUUUUUUUUUUAAAGGUAUCAUGUCACCGCAUUUAUGGAAAUAAAAAAAAUAAAAAUUCCA